AAAGAGCAAACGCUCCGCAUUCACUCCUCAUUGACAUCUCUGAGUGGACAGAGCUCAAACAUAUGUGGUUUAUUUACACUGCACUUCAUUAACAAACAUUGGCAUCCGUUCAUUUUUUCUCUCAAACCUUACAAUUUCGCUAUUUUAGCACUAUUUCGCACAACAGCCAUUAGGUACACCAACCUUGCCUCGAAGACUUAACGUUAGACCUGUCCCAGCAUCAUCUGAGUGAGAUUCCACAUAACUGACGAGUGGAUAAAACCUUCAACAGGUCAAGACUUAUUUGGAAACAGGAUGGCCGAAUCCCGCGAAUAUCUGACCCGUUAGAACGUCCUGGUUUGGUCAAGUCCUUCCCGCCAUCACCUGCUCCGACUCUUCUAAAGAGCAGUAGAAUGGAGGAGCAGAGGUGCUCUCUUCCACCUCCUCUAAAAACAGAGGAAGACUACAUUCCAUACCCCAGCGUCCAUGAGGUAUUGGGGCGUACUGGUUCUUUACCACUGAUUCUGCUGCCCCAGUUUGGAGGUUACUGGAUUGAAGGGACCAAUCAUGAUUUAGGCUCCUCCUCCUCUCCAGAGGAACCGCCCCCUUGCCCAGCAUCACAGGAUAAACUCGAGACCAACAGCAUAGCCAAGAUCUACAGGAAACACUUCCUGGGCAAGGAACACUUUAAUUAUUACUCCGUGGACAGCGCCCUGGGACACUUGGUCUUCUCUGUGAAGUAUGAUGUGAUUGGAGACCAGGAGCACCUUCGACUGUUGUUUAGGUCGAAGUUUAAAACCUACCAUGAUGUGAUCCCUAUUUCUUGUCUGACCGAGUUCCCUAAUGUUGUCCAGAUGGCGAAGCUUGUCUGUGAAGAGGUGAACGUGGACAGAUUUUAUCCCGUCUUAUACCCAAAGGCAUCCAGACUCAUUGUGAGCUUUGAUGAGCACGUCAUCAAUAACAACUUCAAGUUUGGAGUCAUCUAUCAGAAAUUUGCACAGACAACAGAAGAGGAGCUAUUUGGAAACAAUGAGGAAAGUCCAGCUUUUGUUGAGUUUCUGGAGUUCUUGGGAGAGAAGAUUGAACUUCAUGAUUUUAAAGGCUUUCGAGGUGGCCUGGAUGUUACACAUGGCCAGACAGGAACCGAGUCAGUCUACCACAACUUCCACAAUAAAGAGAUAAUGUUCCACGUGUCCACAAAGCUACCAUACACCGAAGGUGAUCCCCAGCAGCUCCAGAGGAAGAGGCAUAUAGGAAAUGACAUUGUGGCAAUUGUAUUCCAAGAAGAAAAUACGCCAUUUGUACCAGAUAUGAUUGCAUCAAACUUCCUUCACGCAUACAUAGUGGUGCAAGUGGAGAACGCCUGCACUGAUAACGUCCUCUAUAAGGUAUCCGUGACGGCGAGAGAUGAUGUGCCUUUCUUUGGUCCUGCCCUCCCAGACCCAGCUGUCUUUAAAAAGAGUCCGGAGUUUCAUGAGUUCCUCUUGACCAAACUGAUCAAUGCUGAAUAUUACUGCUAUAAAGCAGAGAAGUUUGCCAAGCUGGAGGAGAGGACACGUUCUGCUCUGCUGGAGACUUUAUAUGAGGAGCUGCAUGUGAACAGCCAGUCCAUGAUGGGACUGGGAGGAGAUGACGACAAACUGGAGAAUGGAGGAGGCGGAGGUGGUGGCUUCUUUGAGUCUUUCAAGCGAGUUAUCCGCAAUAGAAGUCAAUCUAUGGAUGCUAUGGGCCUCAGUAACAAGAAACCGCACACCGUCUCCACAAGCCACAGUGGAAGCUUUACCAACAACCCUCCAGAAACUCCCAAAACCCCUGGAAUUUCACUGAUUAUUCCUGGAAAAAGCCCAACCCGUAAGAAAUCUGGUCCAUUCAGUUCCAGAAGGAGCAGUGCCAUAGGGAUUGAGAAUAUACAAGAGGUUCAGGAGAGAAGUAGUCGAGAGGUGUCCCCGAGUCCACAGAGGGCAUCUGAUGGUGGACACACCCUUCAAGAUCUCAAAUUAGACAACUGGUCCAAUCAGAGCUCACCUGAGAUGCAGAUCACCAAGUUUGGAUCCGCCCUGUGCUGUCGAGCUCCUUCUAUCCCAGAGUCCCAGGACCUUUCUCGCUCCUCGUCGAAUGCCAGCAGCUUCACCAGUGUGGUGGAGGAGAACGAGCAGCAACAUGAAGCGACUGAGGAGUACGACACAGGACUGGAAAGUCUGUCUUUAGCCGGCACGCCUCACAAACGAGAUUCAUUUUCAUACAGCGCCGUGUGGUUGGAAGACGGCUCUGGUAGCGCUAGUCAGAGCAGUACACAUGGUCCCAUUCGGCAGCAGUCUGAACCUCUAAGGCCCAAAACAGAGAGACAACACUCGAACUGCUAGCUGUCCGGUAUGCUGUAGAUGACUUCAUGAAUGUCCAUAAACAGCAUUUUCAUAAGCAGCCCUUCGCAGUGGACAGUCGAUGUGCUCAUAAGAGUUCCUCGAGAGAGACGCAGAUGUGAAAGUGUGUGAAGCACUAGUUACAGUCGUGCGGCGUACAGUCGGGGCAAGUGUGCAUCAGAAUAUCAUCGCGCUCUCGUAAGGACACACACCACCUCUUUAUCUUCUAUCAUGUGGCUGUCGGACCACAGGCGAAAGAGCAAACCCGCCUGGCGUCUGUUGAAGACUGGUACACUGCCAGCUGGGAAACCAAUCACGCAUGAUUCUUAUGGCCUUAUCAUAGGCUUCUUUCUUUAGCUGUCUCUCAUAGUGUGUGUUUGUUUUUUAUUUGUCAUAUUUAUUUAUUUAUUGAGGCUCACUGUGGUGUGUAGGUCUUUUAGAAACGGGGGGGUGGUAAGCGGUCACAAGCUUUCGGCAUCUUUCAGAAUAACAAAUGAAGUUCAACUUAAACCCAUCAUGCUUCAAAUACCCGCAAAGCACUGUAAUACACAUCUAUGUGUGGCUCUGUUCGGUUGCGUUUUGUGUCAGUAAUGAGUAAUGAUGUUGAAAAUGAAUAUAAGUAAAUGUUAAAUGUCGUUCUUCUGAUAGAUGUUUCUUUAAAGCCAUUUCAGAUCCUGUCUAAUAAACAAAGCAUAUAGACAUUAUAAUUUAUGACGAAACAAAUAGAUCAGGUGUGAGAUACUGUAUACGUUUUUUAAAUAUUAUUUAUUAAGAUUGUGCUGUUUUACGGAUCAACAUAUUUUGUACGACCACAGCUGCCUGUGGUAAAAUUGACGUGUGUGUGUGUGUGUGUGUAAACUGUACACUAAUGUAGUAGCUUCAUGUUUGUAGUUUCAUGUUUUAAAGCCUGCUGUGCAGAUUGAAAGGUCAGUGUCUCUCACGUCAGAUAUACUGGAGUCCUGAAGUCUUUUUUUAGCUUAUAUGGCAAGUGAGCAAAAUGAAUGUAAAACUAAUGAAACUGCAGACAUAUGGUAGUGGAUAUGGCCACUAAAAACACUAGGUCAGAAAAUAUACACAAUG